UAUGCUAUGUGGCAACGCCACGAAUUCGCGCGUGAAUAAAACACUAUUAUUAAUAAUUAUAAAUUUAAGUUGUUGAAGAGAACUAAGACAAUGCCUGCGGUGGAGAAGUGCGUGAUCAUCGACUGGAAGCGCCUGUGGCAGAUGGUCUCCGGAAUUCACUAUGAGACGCCUCAAGACACAGUGCGUGAGGAGCUUAUGAACGUGGCCACCGAACUUCAGGCUGGUGUGCAUCAGUUCAAGCAGAAAAGUGCAUCCAACGUUCAGCUGGCCACGUUGCUCAAAGAGAAGAAACAAGACAAGCUGCUGCCCUUCACUGAGCGAUUGCAGGAUCUGCUGGAUCUGGAAUCCUCCCAGUGCUGGGAGAUUCUUUGCUACUACCUCACGAAGGAGUACCGCGGAUCGGCGAAUCUCCUUACCCAGCUGAUCUCCACAGAGACCAACAUGGCAAAGCUACACGAGGACAUCCGCCAUUAUUACUCCCUAGAACGCAUGAUUGUUCUUAAGAUUGUUAAAAACCUUAUUGUCUUCCACCGUGUACCGAAUCAUCCCUACCACCAGGAAUAUCGUGCUGUGGUGGAGAAGAUCACCCUCGCCCGUCUAAGAGAUUCAUACCUAGACCAACUGGAAAGCUUGAUCAGCGAACUUCCACCCAGAAAGCUGAUGGCGGGCGAGUGCUUCCACUCUAUGGAGCGACUUGUUGCGUGGUCGGAGAGAAACGCCCGCGAGAUCAACGAAGUGCUGCACAUUCUGCUGUUGCUGGCGGAAUACUUACCCAUGGGAUUGGAGCACAUCAAAAGAAUAUUCGCCGCCUGCAAGCAACACUCCUUUGGAAAGAUACAGAAUUAUAUGGAUGAAAGCCAGCCAUAUCAUCAAGAGCUAAUCCGCAGCUUAGCCUACUCAGAGCUAAUGUUAAUUUUGAAAUGCCUGGACUUUCAGAAUCCCGAGGAGCACGCCAAUCUCAUCGAAAAACUUAUAGAGGAUUUGCAGGUUGACAUUUCUACUAUGCACCACCGACCGGAGCACGGUCCAUUGCUUCUGGUUUGGAUGCUGCUCCGCCUGCGAGGCACCAAUGAUGCCGACGACGCUUCCAGUUUGCUCCGUUGUCGGCAGUUGGGCAAGAGAGCCGUGGAUCUGAAGUGCUUUGUCCAACUCCACCUAGUUGUAAGGCAUACCAUGUACGCCGAUGACUCCUCGUUGUCGCGAAUUGUACGCAAGACCAUCUAUAACCAGUUGGGAUACAUGUGUAAUCUGUUCGAUGGCGAUGGCAGUUGUGGCCGAUAUGAGGGCAUCUACGAGCUACUCUGCGAACUUGUCUCAUGGCCACAUUUAGCCAAAGACUUUUGCAGUCGAGAGGAUGAUGGACCGCGGUCGCUGUAUAAAACGCUUUUGGAGAACUUCCCUCUAGAUUUUACACAUCUGUCGAAACUGGCUGAAUCACUAACUAAAGCAGGUCAAGGAAACUACAUAAAAAGUCAGCUAGAAUCGCUGCCUAUACUGGCCCUACUUUACGAUGAAAAUCAACACAAACUCAGAGAAGUUGACACAGAUGAAUUUGAGCUUAUAGCCAGUGUUCGCCCCUUUCCGCGGAUUGACUUUACCAUACCCGCAGGAACUAGUUGCACUGCCAUCCAACAUCCAUCUGGCUGCUUUAUGCACUUUCGCACCCAGGUAAACUUCUUCGAUACAUUGCACCAUGAGAUUAAUUGUCUGCUGCGAGAAACCGGUCACUUACAUGGUGAUUUUGAAUCAAGCGAACGCAUUCGUCGCGUGGAAGCAGGCUUGAGAUUUUUGGAAAGUGCCGUAAAGCUCAGUAAAUCGGUUUCCGGCAUAAGCGCCGAGAUGGUGCAUCCCACCGAGAUGUGCGUCGAUCUGUUGCACAAGUUCAAAAGUGUACAAUCCCCGCCAGUUGGCCUUCUGUCCAGCUGUCUUAAUGUCUGCACCGCCUUGCUACCGCUUGUAGACGAGGAGAUAUUUUCGAGAAUCAGUAACCUCCACAUCCUGCCGACAGUUGGCCAAGGAGCCCAAUGCGACUUCAAGUUGUAUGCCAACGCUAGAGGCGUGGGUUUUGAGUCACGAUUCCUCGGCUCCCUCAUUGAUAAUGUGGAAAAGAAGAGUGAGCGAUACGAGUUCCUGCUUUCUUACAUCAAUUUCUUGCGCACAUACACCAAGUUGAAAAGGAAUCGUCAUAUGCAGGUGGAAAUUCCGGGUCUCAUUUUCCUGCUGAGGGACGUUUUUCCACACCUGCACACCUGGCACUUCCGUUCUCAGUUGGAGAGAAACAAGAUCUAUUUCGAGGUUCUUAGCUAUAUAUGCGAUAUCUUGGACUUAUUUAACACCAAUACAGAAUCUACGUGCAAACAGAGCGAACUCUUGCUACAGGUGUGCGUAUAUUCGCUUCUGAAUUUGGAUAAUGGUGUGAUUCUUUUAAGAUUCGUUGGCGUGGGCAAUGCUUAUGUGCAGUACACAAUGGAGCUUGAAACGAAUUGGAUGCAGCAGCAGCCACACGGCUUGAUGAUGCUAGUACGUUUGUCUAUGCGCAUUCUGAUGCAGGUGCUUCGACUAAAGGACAAGGUAUAUGGUCACAGCGAUAACCUCUCUCCACUGGAGGCGUUGAUAUACACACAGCCCAAACAGCGAGAUACCCUGCGAAUCAUUCCCACAGUCUGCAGCUAUAUGGGCAACAUAUUUGAUAGGUGGCUACCGAUUCUGUCUUGCCGCCUGUUGAAGAGAAUCGCCCUGGAGUUCAACAUGUCUCUAUUGGCCUGUUUGGACAUGGAGGCGGAUCAAAUCCGCUUGACAUUCAUGCAGAAAUUGCCUGAUGAGUUAGAGAGCGAUUCUAUCAAGCUGGCUAUCUUGGAGCUAGUGGAUGCUUGCAUUGCCAAGCAACCGGGUGUCACCGAGGCCUUCUUUAAAGUAAACUACUCUCAGGACAAACGCUCGCGCUCCUUCUUUGGCAAGGAGUGUGUUCCCAAUAUUGGAGAGAGCAUUGUCACUUAUAUGAGAGAGUUUCUGGAUGCUCUUCAAGUGGAGCCACUGACAAUUCAGCAGGCGUUGCCCACUAAGAUCAUGAACAUCUUCCACUCGCUUUGGAAGCAUAAUCUUCAGAUGCUAGUAGACGAACUGCAAAAGGACAAACAGUUUUGGCAAAAAUUCUGCUCGCCGCUCUUCACCGAACUUCAGCCGAAUGUAAGGAUCUAUACCCAGCUUCUGAAUAUCAUAUCUAUUGAAAUUUACAUGGGAACUGGAAACAAUGCCGCUCUUUUGGAAGUUAUGACUAAGUUCUUCCAACCAAAGUACUUUGGUCCGUGGCUAAAUUAUGUAUUUAACAUGCCAAAGGUUCCGGCUGUAAAUAAUUUGAGUUCCACUGACGAGCUGCCCGACUGGAUUUGCUGCCUGCAGGCAUUCAAAGAUCUUAUCAUAAUUAUUCUAAAGAAGCAGCCUAAGUUCAUGACUAUACCAGAAUCGCAGUUCAAGCUACUGGCACAAAAGACUCUUAAAGUCCUGGUUGAUCGGUCACACUAUCUGGAGGACAUGCGACCCUUUAUAAUGUUGGCUGAACUGUACGUCUUCCUUCUACUCCAGUUCAAGCACUCGUACACAAACACCGUUGAGGAAGAACAGGAACUGAUGGAGUUGCUGUUGCAGCUAAUGAGCCGCAUAUGCUCAUGUUAUGAGGAUCAACAUGUAAGAGCCAAAGAGGCCUGUCUGGCGAUUGUUACCAAGUGCACACAUCUUUACACCGACCUGCUCAUCCGGGACUCAUCAAUCGCCCUACGUUUCCUUAACUCCGUUGUGAGCAUUAUCUGCACUGAGCUACAGCACAUGGAGAAUUCGGUGUGCCUGGAUAAAUCACACCCUCUGAAUAAUUCGGAAAGUUCAGAUAGCAAAGCUUCGACGAACUCGCUGAUCCUGUGUCUCAAUCUUCUAAAGGCUGUGGCUACCAUAUUCCACAACGAUGGUCCCGGAAAUUGGGAUCUCCCUUUUGUGUCGGUUCGGUUGUUCCAACGGCUCGUGUGCUGCGUCUCCAAAACUCUACCCCUGUUUAGCAAACAGGUUCUUAGUGUCCAACUGCUGGAUGUGCUCAUCGUGUUCGCGAAAGGCCACUGCUCCGUGGAGUUCCUACAUUGCGAUUUAGGAGAGUAUUUGUGGCUAAAUCUAUUGCCACCGAGGGAACUUCUGCAGUCUAAGAAUGAAUUUACUAAGCCAAUACCGGCGGAUGCAGAACGUUGGACUGUGGAGCAGUGGUGGCCUGUGUAUGCCAGGGGUAUAGAGUUCGUUACCAUCAUCUACGAAAAGCACAAGAAAUGCUUCCUGCAUCAGGCUUUUCAGUUUGUUGGUAUCCACUCUGCUUACCUGGAGGACGCGCUCUUGUUGAGCAAACAAUCCCUGGAGCCGGCAGCCAUGCAGUUAAUAAAGGCAGCUGUUACCCUAGUUGCUAGUCUUACGGAGCAUCAUAAAGAGUGGAAGCAGGACCAUGGUCUGUCGCUCUGUAAUAUAAUGCGUGCAGUUCAAGGCUUGCUAUGCCACAGCUCAUCCCUGUUCCACCAGCAAAGAAACUUAAAAUGUCUCUUAGCUGGACGACGCUCGCAACUGGAAAUCCUGCGCAGCAUCGAGGCCAUAACUAUAGACGAUGAACUCAUCCAAGCCUGCAACGACCUCACGGAUAUAAUUAUUUUCUGCGUAAAGUCAUUGCUGAGAUUCAGUCCUGAUUUGAUGGAAUUGCUGUGCUGCAGUGUAUAUGAGCCCUCCAAAUACUCAGCUUUGCUAGAUGUUAAGUUUGGAGCACCCAAACUGAACGAAGAAAACAUGACGCUGACUUUUGGAAUUAUCCUCAACUUGGUUAACAUAUACGUAAAGGCUUUGAAUAUGCAAAACCAUGGUUUUAGUGAGGUGCCUCUAAAUUCACUGCUCAAUGUGGAGCACUCCGGGGAUAACGAUGAAACUGACGCCUGUUUAGGAAACCAAACGAACCGAACGUUCUCUAAAUCCCUUUCUACUGCCUCGAUUUCGUCCGCCAGCUGUCCAGCCAGUGAACUGCUUUCCAACAUGGACGGGCAGCUUUGUUUGCUGGCUUUGGAGCACCUGCUUAUGCUGGUGGCUUCGCAGGCCAUCUAUAUAAUCCGCUCUCCCAAUCUGGAAUCGCGCUGGAAGCAAAUAGUACGCCGGGACAUCAGUAACGAGCUGGUGAUCUUCAAUGAGUUUGUGCGACGGAAGGUGGUUUUGGACUUCAAGGAAAACAGGAGCCCAUGGCUUCGACGCAAGCAUGGGCACUACAAGCUUAAGUUCUCGGAUCCAGCGAAGAGCUCGCCCAGCUCAUCUCGAAGCUCGGACAUUGUGCGUCGCAGUAAUACAAAUACUAAUGAACUGCGAGUCAAUGUGGUUCGCAGACUUCACCUGCAGCAGCAGCAAAGAACUCCACCGCCGCACAACUUUGACAUGAGCAGCGAACUUAGUCCCAUAGCGGCGAUUCAAGGUACAGCCAUGUCAUCGGCUCUAGAUCACAGGGAUAGUCGGAAGCGCUUGUAUCCGGCUCAGCAGGCGGGAGAGGCCUUCUUGGAGGACGAACUGGCCGCUAUCGACCUGCAGUACUUCCCACCGCCCUCGGACAAUGGUUAUUGCGAGUUGUCGCAAGUUCAGAUGGUGGAAGAGGACUACCUCCAGCUGAUGUCGGCCCUUUUUAAUGUAAUGCCACAUUGCGACUGAGCUAUUUGUUUCCUAUUUGAUUGUUAAGUGGCCUAAGGGUAUUUGAAUAAAGUUUGUACGCAUAA